AUGUAUUUUUCCACCUCUUUUCUCAUCAGCCUCAGUGCCGCACUUGUGACCGUCAAUGGCGCCCUCACUCGUGUCACAAACUUUGGCAACAACCCGACAAACCUUCAAAUGAACAUCAAUGUACCAGCUAAGCUCGCACCAAAACCCGCCAUAAUCCUUGCCCUCCAUGGCUGCUUUGGCAGCGGCGAAGCCUAUGCUCUCCAAACAACCUACAACACCCUCUCUGAGCAGAUAGGCUUCAUAACCAUCUUCCCCUCUUCCAAACGCGACUCCAACUGCUGGGAAGUCAACACGGCCAAAGGCCUCUCACGCAACGCCGGCGGCGACAACCAAGGCCUUGUGUCCAUGGUAAACUACACCAUCGCCAAGUACUCCGCCGACGCCGCGAGAGUGUUUGUCACAGGUUCGAGCUCAGGGUGCAUGAUGACCAACGUACUCAUGGCAACCUAUCCGGAUGUGUUUGCGGCUGCGACAUGUUAUUCUGGUGUCCCUGCUGGCUGUCUGGCUGGCAGUCCUGGCGCAAGCCCCAUCUCAGCAGAUCCGAAGUGCGCCAACGGUCUAAACAUUAAGAGCCAGGCUGAGUGGGUGAGUAUAGCGAAGGCAAUGUACUCUGGGUACAGCGGUAAGUAUCCCAAGUUGGCAACGUGGCAUGGAACCGCGGAUACGCUUGUGAAGCUGCCAAAUUUGGGCGAACAGUUGAAGCAAUGGUCGGGCGUGCAAGGGCUGGGGUUUGCGAGAAAUGAGACAAACAUACCAGAGGCAGGGUACACGAAGAUUGUGUAUGGUGAUGGAAGUAAGUUGAUCGGGUAUGAGGCGAGAGGUGUGGGUCAUACCGUGCCGGUGCAUGAGGAGGAUGAUUUGGUGUGGUUCGGGAUCUGAUCCGUAUGCUGGAAGGCUGAAACAAAGCUGAGUCAAUAUGUAACAAACACGUACCGUAGGCGAUGGACUACCAACAGAUUCUGUAUGAGUGAAAGUGUGUCUCUAGCUGUCUUUCACUUGUCAGUAUUUCCAAUUCCAAGUGAGCAGUCAAUACGAAAACGAAUUCCAAUUUCCCCUUAAGCACAUUCAUAAAAACCACAGAGCAUUCAACAUGCCACCGACUAACUCAAAGCAACAAUUUCUCGCCUCACUCCAAGAACUUACCUGCCCUAGCUGCGAAGACUCUUUCAGCAGUAUCGAUUUACCUGUCACAGUAGACGGAUGCGCCAUGUCUUUGGUGUCAAAUGUGUCGGAAAGUUGGUCGAAUCCGGAAGCCCCGGCCGAAACAAGUGCCCUACGUGUCUUGCAGUGAUGUUCGAAAUUCCCCAGCCUGCACGUAUUCCUAGCUCG